ACUCUGUUUUCUUUAGUCCAUCAUCACAAUACACAAACCAUGGCCAAUAUUUCAUUCAUUCCACAAUAUGACCAAGCCUCAGAUUACUCACCAGAGUCAUCCUACUCAUGGGAUGAACUUCUUUUUCACCAUAAUUCAUCACUUCCUUUCAAUUUCAAUGAUUCUGAAGACAUGCUUGUUUUCGAUAUGUUAGCCACAACCAAUUAUAGUCCAUCAAUGGGUGACAAUUCGUCCGAAUCCAAUACUUCAACGACCGUAAUUGUUAAAGAAGAAGAAGUGACAUCCGAAUCCAAAAUUGUGAAACUUCAUAAAGAAAAGUCGUAUAGAGGAGUAAGAAGACGGCCGUGGGGUAAGUUUGCGGCCGAAAUAAGGGAUUCAACUAGGAAUGGAAUUAGAGUAUGGUUAGGGACAUUUGAUAGCGCCGAGGCGGCUGCUAUGGCUUAUGACCAAGCCGCAUUUUCAAUGAGAGGAAAUGCAGCGGUCUUGAACUUUCCAGUUGAGAGAGUGAAAGAAUCGUUAGAAGAAAUGAAUUACGGGUUUGUAGAAGGGUGUUCACCCGUUGUGACACUUAAGAAACGACAUUCUCAAAGGAAGAAACCAGUUAGAAAAAAUAAACCAAGUGUUGGUUCUAGCUCUACAAAGGUGGAACAAACGAAUAUGGUUGUUUUUGAGGAUUUGGGGGCGGAUUAUCUUGAAGAACUAUUAUCUUCAUCGGAUUGUAGUACAACAAUUUCUUGGUAAAUACAACUUACAAAUCUCUUGAGUUUAAAUCUUACGGUUGAAAACUGUUUAGAACCAAGUCGUUGUAGAUUUUUCACUGCCCUUAAUCUUUAGAUAUGGUCUUUAGAUAUGGUCAACCCCUUGUAGCCCACAAACCGUAAUGGUAUAUUGUUUUAUUCUGUUUUGUUUUGUUGUAAGAAUAUGAAUACAUAUUGUUUGUAUCUUCA